AUGAAUGAUGAAAUCCCCUUCACUCAAUGGCCACAAUUCCUUCAAAGACUAGGGAAAAUCUUCUCCGAGAUCAAUGCCCACCUAACUUUCCUCCUAUCCCAUUCCCGUUCCACCAUCCCUUCAUUUGAUCAUUUCCGUAAACUUAAUCCUUCCGUCACCCAAUAUGAUCUAGCCAUUAUCAAAUAUUUCCUCCCCAAAUCAGAUGUUUUCUACGAAUAUGUCGAUAAAGAACAACUUUUCAGUCCCGGGGGUAUCUUCUACACCGAAGAAAAGGGCUACCAUAUGAAUAAACCCGAUACUAUGGAUGCAGUUUACGAGAGUCUCAGUAAAGACCAAUUACCUGAUCAGGUGCUUAUCUUUACUUUUGAAGAUAUGAAGAUCGAUAACAUUGCUGCUUUUGCUAACAAUACUCGGAGGAAUAUCCGUCGUCAGAACACUGAGACCAACGAUUUCUUCAAUCACACCGAUUUGACCACACAAAAAUUGAGCCAUAGUCAACUUUUACCCAUCAUCAGAACCAGGCUGGAAAAAUUUAAUUUAGGCGUCACCACCUUCAUUCGAGAUAACGAUGGGUUGAAUGUGGACGAAUUGUUUCUUAUGGAUAAGUUAGAACAGUUGGCCCAGGACUUUAUCCCCAAAAGAAUGGAGCUCUUAGACCCGGUAUCGCAGAUAAAUAAGAGACGGAAGAUUGUCCCCGAUAGAGAUACAUUUUUAACAUCAGAAGACAUGGUGAAGGUGCUCAAGAAGAGUAAGAUUUAUCAGGACCAGAUCAUUUUCCAGGACACCUUCACUCAAGCCAAAGAGGCUCAAUUCAAACCUUUGGAUUUGGAUUUCUUCAAUAUUCAUCCUGCUCUUGUGUAUGCUAUUAAGUCGUACAAGGGCAUAGACAUCGAACAUCAACUUUAUAGUCAUCAAACUGACGCUUUAGAGGCAUUAUUAGAUGAUAGUGUGAAUCACGUGAUCACCAGUACACCUACAAGUUCAGGGAAAUCGAUGAUUUAUCAGAUCCCUAUUUUAAACGAUAUCCUCUGGGAUAUGGAGAACGACGAUGGUAGAACUAAAACCAGACAAUCGACGGCGAUAUUCGUAUUCCCUACCAAAGCCCUCGCCCAAGAUCAGAAGAAACAUCUUGAUGAUCUCAUAAAUCAUUUGCCGGAGGUUAAAUACCGAAUCAUAGUUGAUACUUAUGAUGGAGAUACCGAAGGAAAGGCUAAAGCCGGCAUCAGGCACACUGCUGAUAUCAUUUUCACCAAUCCUGAUACCAUUCAUGCAUCGAUUCUCCCUAACCACGAUGGUUUAAACUAUGCUCAUGGCAAUAAUGGGUGGGAUAAGUUCUUGGGUGGACUCAAAUAUGUGGUGAUGGAUGAAAUCCAUGUGUACAAAGGAUCAUUUGGGGUCAAUGUUGGUUACGUAAUGGCACGGUUACAAAGAGUUUUGGCCACAAUGGAUCAUCAACCUUUGAGAUUCAUCUCAUCCUCGGCCACUGUUCUUAAUCCUAUUGACCAUUUCCGUAUUGUUUGUGCCAUACCUUCCCAGGAGUCGGUGGUUCAUGUUUCUAACGAUGGUAGUGCUAGUUGUGAUAAACAAUUAUUGAUCUGGCAACCUCCACCGUUGAUGAAUAAACGAGGUGAGGUUCUUUCUACCCAUACAGAGUUUCUGAACACCACUAACAACCCCAACUUCAUCCCCAGAGUGAAUGUCGUAUACGAGCUGGCUCGUUUACUUCUUCUGCUACUUUCUGGAUCACCACAUUUAAAACUCAUAGCCUUUUGUCCCAUCAGGAAAGUCACCGAAACUCUUAUGAAAGAGGUCCGUACCCUUCUAGGCCAAUCAAACUUCUCUAACUGUGGUAUUGAUGAAAGAGAUAUCAUGGUAUACCGCGGUGGGUAUUCGAAACAAGAUAGGAGGGACAUUGAGAAUAAGAUGUUUACGGGGGAGUUAAGGGCUUUGAUAGCCACCAAUGCUUUGGAGUUGGGGGUCGACCUUUCUUAUUUGGAUGUGGUGAUAACUUGUAGUUUCCCCAUACUGAAGAUGAACAUGCAUCAACAAUUUGGUAGAGCUGGGAGAGGUAGUAAAGCUAAGGGGAGUUUGGCUAUCUUUGUCCCUGGAGGUGUACCUGUUGAUCAAUACUACGUCGAACAUCCUCAGGAGAUCUUGGAUAAGACCAGUUAUGAGGAUCUUUGUGUCAAGGGGUUGAUUGAUUCUGACAUGCAUAGAUUAAUCAUGGAGAACCAUUUACAGUGUGCUGCUUUUGAAUUACCUUUGACUCUUGAGGAUCUGAAAUGGUUCUGUCAUGGAUCCAAGGACCCGAAGAAAAUCCAGUUCUUCGAAGAAACUUGUAAGAAGAAGCUUAAUACCGAUAAAUUAGGUCGAUACCGUACAGAUCCAUCAUUCCUUCCGUGGCCACCAGAGAAAGUCGCUAUACGAGCGAUUGAAACUCCAGGGUAUGCGGUUGUAGAUAUCACCAACGGUCGUGAUAUUGUCAUUGAAGAAGUAGAAGAAUCAAGGACGUCGUUCACUCUUUAUGAAGGAGGGAUUUUCCUCCACCAAGGACUUCCUUACCUAGUCAAAGAGUUCAACACAGAGAAGAAGUUCGCCAAGGUAGUGAGGGUGACGGUGGAUUGGACAACACAACAAAGAGACUUUACUGAUGUGGAUCCUUAUGAAAUUGAAUACGUCCGCUGUCUUAGUGGUAAUGAAGACCAAUCGGAUAUACCUGCCUAUUUUGGAAAGAUCUUAACCACCAUCAUAGUUUUCGGAUUCUUCAAAGUUAAUAAGAAGGGAGAGAUUUUAGAAGCUGUAGAGGUGAAGAAUCCUCCAGUAAAGUAUAAAUCCAAGGGGUUCUGGUUAGAUAUCCCGCGAAAAGCUCUUGAUGCUAUUGAAACUAAGAACUUAUCUAAAGCUGGAGGUAUUCAUGCGGCUCAACACCUUAUCAUGAACAUUCUCCCUAUUUUCAUCGGAGGUAAUGUUGAAACUGACCCUAAUACUAGGUUUACUGGUGGCCAGUCUGAACUUAUCACCGACUGUAAAGCUCCAGAAAAGGAGUUUGCUCAACGACAAACUUCCAGAGUCCGUCCUGGAAGGUUAAUCUUUCAUGAUGCUAAAGGAGGCUCUCAAGGGUCAGGGGUUUCAGCCAAGACCUUUGAACAUGUUGAUGAGAUCCUUGUUUGUGCUUAUGACCGUAUACGACAUUGUGAUUGUGAAUGGGGAUGUAUCCAAUGUGUGACUCCUAAUUUCUGUAAGGAAGGAGGUUUAGUGAUGUCAAAACCGGCUGCUUACAUAAUCCUUGGAUAUCUUGUAGGCCGUAACCUUGAGGAGCUCAUGGAGGAGGUAGUUGAUGGACCUGAACCGAACUUGCCUGAUAUAAAGGUCGAUACCAUUGAACCAGCAACCACUGUAGUGAAAAUGUCGCCGGAUAUUGAGAUUGUGGAAGUGAAGAGAGCGGAGCCCUUGAAGCCAAUAAAGAAGGAGACUUAG